UGUUAGGAGAGACAAAAGUGCCCCGUGAUGCGAAAGAGGCAGCGGCCAGUAGCUGAGCACGAGCUUGUGUUUCUUGGUGUCCCUAAGAGUUGUAAUAACAGAGAGCUGUCAGUAUGGGGAGCUGUUCAUCAGUUAAUAGAUGCCAUCUGGAUUUAAAGGUGACAUAUUAUACAGAAAUCCCCUUUUCAGUGUUUGCGCACCUAAGUGUGUGUAUCUGUGGAGCCAGCCUGGCUAAACCCAUCAGCCGGGCUCUGAACAACUGGUUCAGAUUUCUCUCUCUCCCUUAUGUCACAGUUGGACUUUUUUUUCCACAAUAAUGUGGCUGCAAAAUGAAUUUCGACUCCUGAUUUUCUACUUAAUUGAUCAAAAUCUUCUCUGACUUGUGUAUGUCGUUGGAUUUGAUUGACUGAGGCUGUUCUUGGAUUCACCCACAUCUGAUGAAGACAUUUGUCAAAAGAGCUGCAUGAAACACUUCCUCAUUCAGAACGCGUCGUGCAUCUCAAGCAUACAUUCAUCCCGGGUUUGCUUCCCCGUCUCCUUUUUGAUGGCUCAUAUACUACAAAGCGAGCGAGACAGUUAUGAACCUAUCCAUGUGAGACUGUGAUCUUUUGAAGAUCCAGCAGCCGCCACGUGAGCGUUGAGCACAACAAACCAUCUGCCUCUGUUGAUAAAAAGAAGACUAAAGUGAUUUGUUUCUGUUUGUGCAACGCCAUAUUUGUGAAGACAUGCUGACAAAUGUAUUUCCACCUUGCUUGCAUCUUAUACUCUUCCUCCCUGGCAUGUCCUUCUCCCCAGAAUAAAGCCAAAAUAUAGUUUGAAGUGAUGCAGUAUCACAAAAAAAUCUAAUCUCUAUACAACUAAAACGCGAAAGCAAAUGCAUAUCGUACAAAAAGCUUUUUUUUUUAACAUGUUGAAGAUAUGUAAUUUUCCGCCAAAAUAUCCAGUCCUGGUGUACAAUAUCCACAUGUCAUUCCUCUAGCUUUAUUUUAGAGGUGAACUCCAGCACUGUCAUGCACUUCGUGAUCCCUCCGUCCACUACACCGACUGCCUCCUGCCGACCCUGCUGCUGAUAAUGACUCUACACAAUCUACACAGGCAAUCGGAGCCAUGUCCAGGAAGAAGGCAGUGAAAGGCAAAGGGGGCUCCAAGAGCCCCAAGGCGUCGCCGAGCAGCAGCGCGAGGACGGGCAGAGGUCUGGCCGCCGCGGCCGCCCCGUCCUCCGGACUGGUGUAUCCCAGCAGACCGUCCAUCAGCAACAGCGGGGAGUUUUACGACAUCGCCUUCAAGGUGAUGCUGGUGGGGGAUUCAGGUGUGGGGAAGACCUGCCUGCUGGUUCGCUUCAAAGAUGGAGCCUUUCUUGCCGGGAGCUUCAUCUCAACUGUGGGCAUCGACUUCAGGAAUAAAGUUAUGAGCAUUGAUGCUGUGAAGGUCAAACUGCAGAUUUGGGACACCGCUGGUCAGGAGCGUUUCCGGAGUGUCACACAUGCUUACUACCGCGACGCUCACGCUCUUCUCCUUCUGUAUGAUGUCACGAACAAAGCAUCCUUUGACAACAUCCGGGCGUGGCUGACAGAGAUCCAUGAGUACGCUCAGCAGGAUGUGGUCAUCAUGCUGCUGGGCAACAAGGCCGACUCCACACAUGACAGGCUGGUGAAGCGAGAGGAGGGAGAGAAACUGGCAAAGGAGUUCGGAGUGCCCUUCAUGGAGACGAGCGCCAAAACUGGACUGAAUGUGGAGCUGGCCUUCACUGCUGUAGCCAAAGAACUGAAGCACAGGACCAUGAAGGAGCCCGACCAGCCAAAGUUUCAGCUUCAGGAGUUUGUCGACAAAGAAAUAAGGACUGCCGGCUGCUGCCGCUCGUAGACCACAUCCUAUCUGUGUGUGUGUGUGUGUGUGUGUGUGUGUGUGUGUGUGUGUGUGUGUGUGUGUGUGUGUGUGUGUGUGUGUGUGUGUGUGUGUGUGUGUGUGUGUGUGUGUGUGUGUGUGUGUGUGUGUGAGAGAGAGAGUGUGUGUGACUGAGAGAGAGAGAUCAGGUACGUUCUGUUGGAGUAUGUAAUCAGCCUGUGUUGGUGUGUCUGGGGAUAAUCUCAGCGUGUGUAAUAUUUCUUUAUGUGGUUAUGCGGCCAAUAUCUUCUCUCUCCCAACCCACCUCUCCUCUGCAACUGUGAAUGUAAUAUAAUUCCUAUCUACACGCGCGCGCGCACACACACACACACACACACACACACACACACACACACACACACACACACACACAGAGCAAUGUUGAAUCCAUCCUGUGCAGUUUUUCAUAAGUGUGAUGUACAUAUUUCAAACGUAAUUGUAAUGGAAGUCUUCUGAAAUCUUUGUCUUUGUUGAAACUCAAGUAUAUAGACACAAAUAUGUUAAAUAUUGUAUCAAUCAAUCUUCUUAAUGUAAUAGAUAUAGAUCUGAUGACCACAUUUCUACGGAUACAGUUCUGCGCCUGACGCGUGAGCUGACGAAUGGCACUGUGUGCUGUUUAUGAUCAGGAUGAAAUAUGGUUGUUGAUUUUAAUACUGUCCCGGUGAUCGUGACUAUCAUCAUACUAAGGUGAAAUAUGAUUUAAUAUGAUUUUUAUUUUACUUAUUUUAGGAGACAUCAGUUCUGUUGUAUUGUGGAAAAUAAAAGGAAAAGGAUGCUCGUCAGUUCCAGAAUGUUGAGUGCAAGAGGCAGAUAGACAAACAAACGUUUUUUUGACAAAGCAACAUGAUUCUUCUGAAGUAAGUACACACUUGGAAAUUGAGUUUGGGAUUUUUGACCCAUGGAAUUAUCAGUUUCCAAAAACUAAAUUGAACAAAAAACAAACGCUUUAACUCAAGGUCUCUCGCUGGAUCUUUCCAUUACAUCUCGUAAUCGUGGUCUUCUACAACGAUAUCAGCAACAUUCAUCCAUUUAAUAUUCAAUGGGUCAACUCCAUGUGCAACUCCUCCAUCCACUGACGAGGCCCAUGAGAUGUGGUGGAAAGCUCCGGAUAAGAUCAGUAAAGGGACGUUGAGUUAAGAUACUUUUUUGUCUAGAGAGAAAUUAGUGAUGUAUCUCCACUUUUUGUAAGUAUUGCAGUGAAUUUUAAACUUCUCAGUGGAAUGUGUGUAAAUAUUUCAAUCAGGUGCACCGAACCUCUUGACUUUUUUCCCACCGUUUUGACAGGUUUUGUUUUUGUGCAUAUCUUAGAAACAACACAAAAAAAUACACUAUUGUUUGAGCAAACAUGAGCACAGCAGAUAUUCAGUCUGAAAUUCUUGUGGUUUCCAACCGAGAUCACAACAUGUAGAAGACGCGUCGAGAAUUUGUUUUACCUGGAAGAAGGUUUGGUUGAGUGUAACUUGUUUCCUUCCCCUGAGGUGGUAAAGUUCCCGUUUUGGCUUAUAUCCAUCCGCAAGACGAGGGUUCGAGGGGGAAAGCUCAUUUUAAAGUUGCCAGUGUGUAAAGAUGGAGGAUUCAUGUGGCAGGAAUGCCAACAUAUUGAUUUUUGUCAGCUGUUCUGUCAAAGCUGGUUAUGCGAGUGUUCAAAAAUGCUAUACAUUCUGUUUCAAAAUGCUGUAAAUACACGUUCGGAAUGCUCACAUCCGAUUCAAAAUUCUGAUGUCAUUAAUUUCCUGUUGACUUGUAAUCUGUAUCUUAAUGGAAGCUGUUUGUAUUGUAUGAAUCUCAAGUGUUCUCAUUAAAGAAUUAGCGACGAA